CCACAUGCUGGAACGCACGUUGGAACGCAAGAUACUGCAUGUGAGCAGGUCGGACCGAGUGAGAGGGUUUGUUCUUAUGGAAUCUGGGGCAGGAUAUUGAUAGAAAGUAACUUUUAUUAAUUAAUGUAAAUCAAACAAUGUUUAAUACAGGAAGCUGAGCUUUGUCUGGAGAUAACUCUAAUUUAAUGGAUGUUUAUCUCAGGGCUGGGCACCAUUCACAGUGCUACUAUUAUUAUUAUUUUAUUAUUUAUAUAGAGCCAUCAGAUUCCGUACAUUCACAGGGUUAUUAUUUUAUUAUUUAUAUAGCGCCAUCAGACUCCGUGCAUUCACAGGGUUAUUAUUAUUAUUUUAUUAUUUAUAUAGCGUAAUCAGAUUCCGUGCAUUCACAGGGUUAUUAUUAUUAUUUUAUUAUUUAUAUAGCGCCAUCAGACUCCAUGCAUUCACAGGGUUAUUAUUAUUAUUUUAUUAUUUAUAUAGCGCCAUCAGAUUCCAUGCAUUCACAGGGUUAUUAUUAUUAUUUUAUUAUUUAUAUAGCGUAAUCAGAUUCCAUGCAUUCACAGGGUUAUUAUUAUUAUUUUAUUAUUUAUAUAGCGUAAUCAGAUUCCGUGCAUUCACAGGGUUAUUAUUAUUAUUAUUAUUAUUAUUAUUUAUAUAACGCCAUCAGACUCCGUGCAUUCACAGGGUUAUUAUUAUUAUUUUAUUAUUUAUAUAGCGCCAUCAGACUCCAUGCAUUCACAGGGUUAUUAUUAUUAUUUUAUUAUUUAUAUAGCAUAAUCAGAUUCCUUGCAUUCCCAGCGUUAUUAUUAUUAUUUUAUUAUUUAUAUAGCACCAUCAGAUUCCAUGCAUUCACAGGGUUAUUAUUAUUAUUUUAUUAUUUAUAUAGCGCCAUCAGAUUCCAUGCAUUCACAGGGUUAUUAUUAUUAUUUUAUUAUUUAUAUAGCGUAAUCAGAUUCCGUGCAUUCACAGGGUUAUUAUUAUUAUUAUUAUUAUUAUUAUUUAUAUAACGCCAUCAGACUCCGUGCAUUCACAGGGUUAUUAUUAUUAUUUUAUUAUUUAUAUAGCGCCAUCAGACUCCAUGCAUUCACAGGGUUAUUAUUAUUAUUUUAUUAUUUAUAUAGCAUAAUCAGAUUCCUUGCAUUCCCAGCGUUAUUAUUAUUAUUUUAUUAUUUAUAUAGCACCAUCAGAUUCCGUGCAUUCACAGGGUUAUUAUUAUUAUUAUUUUAUUAUUUAUAUAGCGCCAUCAGAUUCCGUGCAUUCACAGGGUUAUUAUUAUUAUUUUAUUAUUUAUAUAGCGCCAUCAGAUUCCGUGCAUUCACAGGGUUAUUAUUAUUAUUUUAUUAUUUAUAUAGCGCCAUCAGAUUCCGUGCAUUCACAGGGUUAAUAUUAUUUAUUAUUUAUAUAGCGCCAUCAGACUCCGUACAUUCACAGGGUUAUUAUUAUUUUAUUAUUUAUAUAGCGCCAUCAGAUUCCGUGCAUUCACAGGGUUAUUAUUAUUAUUUUAUUAUUUAUAUAGCGCCAUCAGAUUCCGUGCAUUCACAGGGUUAUUAUUUUAUUAUUUAUAUAGCGCCAUCAGAUUCCGUGCAUUCACAGGGUUAUUAUUAUUAUUUUAUUAUUUAUUUAGCGCCAUAAGAUUCCGUGCAUUCACAGGGUGGUUAUUAUUAUUAUUAUUAUUAUUUUAUUAUUUAUUUAGCGCCAUAAGAUUCCGUACAUUCACAGGGUUAUUAUUAUUAUUUUAUUAUUUAUAUAGCGCCAUCAGACAGGGUUACUAUUAUUAUUUUAUUAUUUAUUUAGCGCCAUAAGAUUGCGUGCAUUCACAGGGUUAUUAUUAUUAUUUUAUUAUUUAUUUAGCGCCAUAAGACUCUGUACAUUCACAGGGUUAUUAUUAUUAUUUUAUUAUUUAUAUAGCGCCAUCAGAUUCCGUGCAUUCACAGGGUUAUUAUUAUUAUUUUAUUAUUUAUAUAGCGCCAUCAGAUUCCGUGCAUUCACAGGGUUAUUAUUUUAUUAUUUAUAUAGCGCCAUCAGAUUCUGUGCAUUCACAGGGUUAUUAUUAUUAUUUUAUUAUUUAUUUAGCACCAUAAGAUUCCGUGCAUUCACAGGGUUAUUAUUAUUAUUAUUUUAUUAUUUAUUUAGCGCCAUAAGAUUCCGUACAUUCACAGGGUUAUUAUUAUUAUUUUAUUAUUUAUAUAGCGCCAUCAGACAGGGUUACUAUUAUUAUUUUAUUAUUUAUUUAGCGCCAUAAGAUUCCGUGCAUUCACAGGGUUAUUAUUAUUAUUAUUAUUAUUAUUAUUAUUUUAUUAUUUAUUUAGCGCCAUAAGAUUCCGUGCAUUCACAGGGUUAAUAUUAUUAUUUUAUUAUUUAUAUAGAGCCAUCAGAUUCCGUGCAUUCACAGGGUUAUUAUUAUUAUUAUUAUUAUUAUUUAUAUAGCGCCAUCGGAUUCCGUACAUUCACAGGGUUAUUAUUAUUAUUUUUUUAUUUAUAUAGCGCCAUCAGAUUCCAUGCAUUCACAGGGUUAUUAUUAUUAUUUUAUUAUUUAUAUACCGCCAUCAGACUCCGUGCAUUCACAGGGUUGUUAUUAUUAUUAUUAUUAUUAUUAUUAUUAUUAUUAUUAUUAUUUAUUUAGCGCCAUAAGAUUCCGUGCAUUCACAGGGUUAUUAUUAUUUUAUUAUUUAUAUAGCGCCAUCAGAUUCCGUGCAUUCACAGGGUUAUUAUUAUUAUUAUUAUUAUUAUUUAUAUAGCGCCAUCGGAUUCCGUACAUUCACAGGGUUAUUAUUAUUAUUUUUUUAUUUAUAUAGCGCCAUCAGAUUCCAUGCAUUCACAGGGUUAUUAUUAUUAUUUUAUUAUUUAUAUAGCGCCAUCAGACUCCGUGCAUUCACAGGGUUAUUAUUUUAUUAUUUAUAUAGCGCCAUCAGACUCCGUACAUUCACAGGGUUAUUAUUAUUAUUUUAUUAUUUAUAUAGCACCAUCAGACUCUGUACAUUCACAGGGUUAAUAUUAUUAUUUUAUUAUUUAUAUAGCGCCAUCAGAUUCCGUACAUUCACAGGGUUAUUAUUUUAUUAUUUAUAUAGCGCCAUCAGAUUCCGUGCAUUCACAGGGUUAUUAUUAUUAUUAUUAUUUAUAUAGCGCCAUCGGAUUCCGUACAUUCACAGGGUUAUUAUUAUAAUUUUUUUAUUUAUAUAGCGCCAUCAGAUUCCAUGCAUUCACAGAGUUAUUAUUAUUAUUUUGUUAUUUAUAUAGCGCCAUCAGACUCUGUGCAUUCACAGGGUUAUUAUUAUUAUUAUUAUUAUUAUUUUUAUUAUUUAUAUAGAGCCAUCAGAUUCCGUACAUUCACAGGGUUAUUAUUAUUUUAUUAUUUAUAUAGCGCCAUCAGAUUCCGUGCAUUCACAGGGUUAUUAUUAUUAUUAUUUAUAUAGCGCCAUCGGAUUCCGUACAUUCACAGGGUUAUUAUUAUUAUUUUAUUACUUAUAUAGCGCCAUCAGACUCCGUGCAUUCACAGGGUUAUUAUUAUUAUUUUAUUAUUUAUAUAGCGCCAUCAGACUCCGUGCAUUCACAGGGUUAUUAUUAUUAUUUUAUUAUUUAUAUAGCGCCAUCAGACUCUGUACAUUCACAGGGUUAAUAUUAUUUUAUUAUUUAUAUAGCGCCAUCAGAUUCCGUACAUUCACAGGGUUAUUAUUAUUUUAUUAUUUAUAUAGCGCCAUCAGAUUCCAUGCAUUCACAGGAUUAUUAUUAUUAUUAUUAUUAUUAUUAUUUAUAUAGCGCCAUCGGAUUCCGUACAUUCACAGGGUUAUUAUUAUUAUUUUUUUAUUUAUAUAGCGCCAUCAGAUUCCAUGCAUUCACAGGGUUAUUAUUAUUAUUUUAUUAUUUAUAUAGCGCCAUCAGACUCCGUGCAUUCACAGGGUUAUUAUUAUUAUUUUAUUAUUUAUAUAGCGCCAACCAUCUCUGUACAUUCACAGGGUUAAUAUUAUUAUUUUAUUAUUUAUAUAGCGCCAUCAGACUCCGUACAUUCACAGGGUUAUUAUUAUUAUUUUAUUAUUUAUAUAGCGCCAUCAGACUCUGUACAUUCACAGGGUUAUUAUUAUUAUUUUAUUAUUUAUAUAGCGCCAUCAGACUCCGUACAUUCACAGGGUUAUUUUUAUUAUUUUAUUAUUUAUAUAGCGCCAUCAGACUCCGUACAUUCGCAGGGUUAUUAUUAUUAUUAUUAUUUUAUUAUUUAAAUAGUGCCAUCAGAUUCCGUAGCGCUGUACUAUGGGGUUAUUCACUGAGGGUAGAAUUGUCCCCAAUACAAAGUGAACCAGCCAGAGAGAAACACUCCAAAGAAAGAGGACUUUAGAAUGUUUGCAGGGCCUUUUAUAACUUGGACUGACAGUUGAUUGGCUAUGUUAUGUGAUGCCAAUGUUCUGUUUUUUGUUUUUCUUCAAUUUGCAUUCGUUUAUUGUAUUCUUUGCUUCUAAUUAAAUCACAGAAAAAGAAAUGCAUAAUAGGAACCUCUUUGUCCUAUCAAAUUCUAAAUUAAACAUUCUGUGCGAUAAAAAGAAGUUUAAACAUUAGAUCUCUCUUUACAGGAAGUGUGUAGGAAGAAUGUGUCAUAUGCAAGGAGGUGUGGCUAGGAGCAUCAUAAACAAAGUGACUUAACUCCUAAAUGGCAGAUAGCUGAGCAGUGAGACGGCAAUGACGCCUUUUCAUCGUAACUCUAUUAGUUUCCCCUUCUCUUCAUUAGUUUUUGUCGCCUAAUAUUAUUAUCCACUGUGUCACUUUUACUUCCAGGAAUAUUUGAUGUUGACUGCGAGUGUUGAGUGUGAGUGUUGCUGUAUGUAAAGUUAUUCCCUUUUAUUUGAAGAAUAGCUUUCAGUUUUUCACUAUGUAUAAAUGUAUUAAUCUGAUUUAUUAAUAAUAAAGCUUAGUGUUUGUGUCAAACAGUUAAUUAAAUUAUAAUUGGGCAUAAGGAUGUAUCUGCUCUUAAAAUUAUAUGGUGGGGUUAAAUGUAUUGAUGUGGGUUGAGCUUACAAAGCCGCCCAUGGUGGAGGCAGAAUUGAGAAGGAUAUAAAGGUGCAGCUGGCAGGAAAUGGCAGGUGUAAAUGUUCAUACAGUAAAAAUGUACGUUGUUUUUCCCAUUCCUUUAAACACGCUAACAGUUAACUGCUUCUCUGUGUUUGUUUGUUUUUAAUGAUGUGAACUUUGCUUUGCUGUGUAGAGCAGAUCGCUUUCUGUACUCGUUCUUUGGGUUGUGCAAGUAAGUUCCAAUUUAUGUGACAGGCAUUGUGUGUCCUGAUGAUGAAUUUUAGAAAUGAAUGAAAUGAUGAAUUUUAGAAAAUUAGACUAUCAGCUUGAAUGAAGAAAUACUCGUAUAUUAAGUGUAAAAAUAAAGUGAGUGGAUUUGUAUGUUCUUCUCUUUAAUGCAGAAUGGGUCGUCCAGCAUCAAAAAAGACUAAAAAGAAGACUGUGAAAAAAGAAGAAAAAACAAAGGCUUGCGAAGGUGCAGUGUGUCCACCGGACUGGGUGACAGAAGGGAGAAUGGCUUAUUCAGUAAACUGGACAUUGCAGAAUAGAGUGUGAUUAUUCACAUUCUAGUCAAUGAAAGUAGUUCGGUAGGAUAAUUAGAAUUAAAUCUCCUGUUUUAAAGGGUUAGUUUCAUGUCUUGCUUUAUACUGUGUGUGCUUUAUACAUUGCCUGUGUUAUAUGGGGGGAGUGCUAGCACCUUUCUGUAUGUAGAACAUUACAUCCUCAGUGACUGCUUACACAGAUAACAGGAUUACUGUACUAUUGCCAAAUACAUCACUUGGACUAAAAGGAACCCCCUAAAAAGAAGAUUUAAAACAACACUAAUGAUUUAAAAUAUUUUAUUAAUAAUGUUAGUGUUCCUCUCCUAGUUUACAUUAUUGGGCCCCUUGAAAAAUCAGACACAUUUAAACUCCCCUUUUGUCCAGUACCAUCCCUGUCUUGCAGAUUAGCCAUCCCUGCCAUGGGACAUACUGAUGAGUUCAGUGCUGAGGGAUUUGUUUGCCUGUUGUUUUCUCUGUGCAGACAUCUUGCCCCCGUCCUCGCUGUAUCACUCCUUUACAACGCAGGAGACCGUGGAACUCAGGAAGUGUCUGCUUACAUGGUAUGAUAAAUGCAAGAGAAACCUGCCUUGGAGAUCUCUGGUAAGAACAUGGAUAUGAAACAUAUUACAAUACUGUACCGCCCAGUAGGACAAACCGCUUUACUAUCUAUGAUAUUAUUAUUAUUAUUAUUAUUAUUAUUAUCCAUUUGUGUUUUAUUAUGAGCGCUUUUCCUGCUGAUAGAUUUGUCCAGUGAAGUAUUGAUGUUUCUCCUAAAAAGUUUGUUUACUUGCAAUAUAUUUUUCUUGUGUUUAAACAUUACUGAAUGUUUAUUGUAUUCUAACAAUUCAUUGUUUUAUGUUAUUAGAUAUUUAUAUAUACACUUAUAUAUAUUCCCAAAUUGCUGUACCUUUUUAUUUCUGUGGGGCUCUGCGACACACUCAUACAUUAUAUAUUAGUGUGAGUUUUAUUACUGUGGAGCUCUGUCAUACAUUUUCACGUUAUCAUACGUUUUAUUGCUGUGGAGCUUUUUGAUACAGUCAUACACAGUGUAUAUUCCUGUCAAUUUUAUUGCUGCGGAUAUCUAUGAUACACACAUAUAUACUGCACGUUAUUGUGAGUUUUAUUGCUGUGGAGCUCUGUGAUACAUUUUCACAUUACCGUACGUUUUAUUGCUGUGGAGCUUUUUGAUACAGUCAUACACAGUGUAUAUUCCUGUCAAUUUUAUUGCUGCGGAUAUCUAUGAUACACACAUAUAUACUGCACGUUAUUGUGAGUUUUAUUGCUGUGGAGCUCUGUGAUACAUUUUCACAUUACCGUACGUUUUAUUGCUGUGGAGCUUUUUGAUACAGUCAUACACAGUGUAUAUUCCUGUCAAUUUUAUUGCUGCGGAUAUCUAUGAUACACACAUAUAUACUGCACGUUAUUGUGAGUUUUAUUGCUGUGGAGCUUUGCGAAACACUCAUACACUAUACAUUAUUGUGAGUCUUAUUGCUGUGGAGCUUUGUUAUACACUAUAUAUGAUUGUGAGUUUUAUUAGUGUGGAUAUGUAUGAUACACUUAUAUACUCCACGUUACUGUGAGUUUUAUUGCUGUGGAGCUCUGUGAUGAACAGUGCUGUGGAGCUCUGAUACACAUAAAUACCUCUUAAAGGGACUCUCCAGUGCCAGGAAAACAAACCCGUUUUCCUGGCACUGCAGAAUCCUGCAGUCCCACCCUCCCUCCCGCCCUCCAUCCCAUGUUGCUGAUGGGGUUAAAACCCCUUCAGUGACUUUCCUAAAUCCACCGAUGUCCCUCGGCGCUGGGUCAGGCUCCGCCCACGCAAUGGCCGCGCACGCAUUAGACCUCUCCAUAGGAAAGCAUUAUUCAAUGCUUUCCUAUGGGGAUUCCGGCAACGCUGGAGAUCCUAAUUCAUAGCAUGAGUACGUCCGGUGUUAUUUAAAACAAUUUUCUUGUUUUAAGAAGCCGGAUUUCCCUCUAGUGGCUGUCUGAUAGACAGCCACUAGACGAGGACUUAACCCUGCAAGGUAAUUAUUGCAGUUUAUAAAAACUGCAAUAAUUACACUUGCAGGGUUAAGGGUGGUGGGAGUUGGCACCCAGACCACUCCAAUGGGCAGAAGUGGUCUGGGUGCCUGGAGUGUCCCUUUAAUUUGUUUUUUGAAAUAAAUAUUAAUGUAUUUUGAAUUGUAUUAAUUUGCACACUAACAAUAAAUAACUAUGCUAAUCUAUUAAGUGCUGUGAAUAAGAUAGCUGUGUAAGAUGUUUUUUUUUUUUAAAUAAAAGAGAAUAUUCCUUUUAUUUUAGGCAAAUACUGAGUUGGACUUGGACCGCAGGGCUUACGCAGGUGAGACAUCUUGUGGUAUCGAUGAAGAAUUGCAUCCAUGUUUGAUAACAACAUAAGAGGGAUUUUACACUAUAGUAAAUUAACAUCAGGCAGUGAGUUCUAGUCAAUUGUCAGUGGAAUAGUAUGAUUUAAACUAAAAUGUACAACUUCGAGUUCCUGACUAAUUUUGCACAUUACGAAGUUUCAUGUACCCUUCAUGGUACACACAGCAAACACAUAAGCUUCAUAUAUACAUUGUUUGUGCAGUAUUUUGUAGAUUUACUUUAAAAACUAUGAAGUCCCCCUUCACUAGUAGCUACAGCACUCACUCAUUAAGGGGUAUAGGAAUGGAUUGUCAGAUAUUACAGAUGCACAGGCAGUUCAUUCAGUAUGUUGGCAUUGCCCUGCUUGAUUAGUGUCAGAGAGAGGCUUGCCCAAGAACAGACUGGGACAUGGUGCAACAUUAUAGAAUGUGACGGCAGAUAAGAACCAUUCGGCCCAUCUAGUCUGCCCAAUUUUCUAAAUACUUUCAUUACUCCCUGGCCUUAUCUUAUAGUUAGGAUAGCCUUAUGCCUAUCUCACGCAUGCUUAAACUCCUUUACUGUGUUAACCUCUACCACUUCAGCUGGAAGGCUAUUCAUGCAUCCACUACCCUCUCAGUAAAGUAAUACUUCCUGAUAUUAUUUUUAAACCUUUGUCCCUCUAAUUUAAGACUAUGUCCUCUUGUUGUGGUAGUUUUUCUUCUUUUAAAUAUAGUCUCCUCCUUUACUGUGUUGAUUCCUUUUAUGUAUUUAAAUGUUUCUAUCAUAUCCCCCCUGUCUCGUCUUUCCUCCAAGCUAUACAUGUUAAGAUCCUUUAACCUUUCCUGGUAGGUUUUAUCCCGCAAUCCAUGAACCAGUUUAGUAGCCCUUCUCUGAACCCUCUCUAAGGUAUCAAUAUCCUUCUGAAGAUACGGUCUCAGUACUGUGUACAAUACUCCAAGUGAGGUCUCACCAGUGUUCUGUACAAUGGCAUGAGCACUUCCCUCUUUCUACUGCUAAUACCUCUCCCUAUACAACCAAGCAUUCUGCUAGCAUUUCUGCUGCUCUAUUACAUUGUCUGCCUACCUUUAAGUCAUCAGAAAUAAUCACCCCUAAAUCCCUUUCCUCAUAUGUUGAGGUUAGGACUCUAUCAAAUAUUCUGUACUCUGCCCUUGGGUUUUUAGGUCCAAGAUGCAUUAUCUUGCCCUUAUCCACAUUAAAUGUCAGUUGCCACAAUUCUGACCAUUUUUCUAGUUUACCUAAAUCAUUUGUCAUUUGGCUUAUCCCUCCUGGAACAUCAACCCUGUUACAUAUCUUAUUGUGGGUGAAACAAAGCCAAUGGUAAUGUCUGCAUUGAUGGGUAGAAGGUUGUGGUUGUGCAUCUCUCUCUCUAUUCCGAUCACCGAUGGCAGAUCUCGCUACCUCCCUCUGUUCUACCAAGGGUUCAGGACAGCACCAGUCCUUGCCACUUCAACCACCUUUCCAAGUAACACCAGGUGCAGCAACACACCAGAUCAGUGUACCUCUUUGUCAUCCAUAACCUGUACCCCCUGUCCGCCCGGUCCCUCCCCCCUAUACAUUCCCAGAUUUAGCUAAAAUUCCUGUCCGUUCCCUGUAAAGCAUUUCAUAGCAGCCUAACUGUACAGUAUAUCAUCACUAAUAAUUAAUCUCUUUCAAAACCUCUCCAGGGCUGUUCUUUCUUUCGUAAAUCCCUUCCCCAGGUUUUCUGAGCCAGGAUGUUCUCUUAGUAACCUUGUGAUAUCAGAUGAAUCCCAGUCACCUCUUCAAUAACUGUCACGCAAUGCACAGUGUCUUAAAGCCAGAAAUCAUGAUUGACCUGUUACUGAUGCUUUAUUGAAAUGUAAGCCUUAGGAAUUUUUGUCCAAAAUCUGCAGUUUCUGAGUAAAUUCUCCACAAUUCAGUUUGAUAUUUAAAGGGGCCAGAACAACUACAGCUUAUUGUAUUCGUUCCGGUGAGUAUAAUCAUUUCCUUUGGGCUUGUUGCAGUAAACACUGUCUUUUCAGAGAAAAUGCAGUGUUUACAUAACAGCCUAGUGAUAAAUCCACUCCUCAGAUAGUUGCUAGAGGUGCUUCCUGGGGCAGUGCUAUUAGAUUGCAGACCGUAUUAAUAGCGUUCCAUGUGGUGUCUAGUUUAACACGCUCUCCUCUCUCGUAGUGUGGGUGUCCGAGAUCAUGUUGCAGCAGACUCAGGUGGCUACUGUGAUUGACUAUUAUAACAGAUGGAUGAAGGUAAUUUAGAGUUAAGUUCAGAUGGUGGCAUGAGGAGGGGUCUUCUCCAUAGCGGUUUGUUUGAGAAAUUAUAACAAAUAGGGACAUCUAAUAGUCUAAAAUCUUAAAACCAAGUGUGAAGUGCAGAAUGGAUAAGGAAUCACUCACAUUUUAUUGAGCUAUAAACCUAGCUCAAGUUGGAUCAGCAGAUAGGUCCGUUUAGGCGACCUUCCCCUUCUUGUAAAAGACGUUUUAUUUCAUCCUAUCUAUACAAGCACAGAAAGAAAUAUAUAUAGUGCAAUAAUGUAGUAUACGUAUAUGUAAAAAUACACAUGCGAAAUGGUACUCACAAAGAAAAUGUGAGCGACGAACACGAGAUCUCAUCCGAUACGACGGAUAACCCUGACCCGCAGUAACUCCAUAGGUCAAAGGGGGACCUCUUAGGGCUGUGGGGAUAUUUAUGGGAUAAUAAUAGUAACAGUGAGAAUUGCCCACUAAUUCAAUUCUCAGAUCCCAAAGAACGUUUAUCGUGUUAAGUGGAAUGUAUUUCAUAUAAUAAUAUCACAAUGUAUAAAAAUAGAUUUUUAUUUAUAAUGACAAAUUAAUAAUAAUAAUAAUAUUAUAUGUAACAUGCAUAACAAUAAUCAAUGAAUAUCCAGUACAAAAUUAUAUGCAAUACAAAGAAAUGGGUAUUACGUUUCAAUGGCUAAAACAGCAUUAUCUGUCAAGACUUAUUUAUUACCAUCUUUAACACAGACUGAAAGUAAAACUUUUCACACAGAGAACAGAAUUCCUCAGAGUGCAGCGUAAGGUCGUAAAGUUUAGCAGACAGUUAGAAUAACCCUUUCAAUGCUGGCUAGAUCUCCUAGGUAGUUAAGAUCUAUUCUUAUGUAAUUUUUAAAUAAAAUAACAUUUAAACCAGUCCAUUAGCCAUUUCCUGAAAACAAUCCAAUAAGAGAAUCUACCACAUUAUAUAAGCAGAUUUUUAAUUUGUCUAAAAGAUAUCUAUCUUAAUUUAGAGCAAAUCAAUACACCUGGAUAAAAACAGCGGUAUGCUAACACGUGAUAAUAUCACAUCAAUAUAUAAUUAUUCUUAAUUCCACCUGCAGAAUGGAAUGUUUAUAACUAUAUAUUCUUAGUUAACUAAGAUUUCUUAAUAUGGAAAUCUGACCGUGCUUUAUCCAGUCAUAUAUAAUGCUAUUAAUACAUUUUAAUUAAUUUAAUUUAAUUAAAUGAAACCAGUAUAAUUACCAGUUGAGUAGAUAUUUCAUCCGAUUGGUAGUCUCUCUGCAUGGAGGUGUUGGUUAGAAAGUCAGUAAAUUCUAAGUGUUAGAGUUUUAGGAGUAGAGUGUUAGUCUCAGAUGUUAUCUGAGUUGGAAUCCCCAAACUUCCAAUUCCUCUCUCCUCUCCUUUGCAUCUCUUGCAUCUGCCUCCUCUCUCGUAUCUUGUAUCUUCCCUUUGUCUUAACUUUUAAAGGGCCAGACUCUCUGUACGUCAUCAGUUGAUAACCCAAUAGAAGCACUAGAGGUGUGGUUAUCUUCCAGAUCGCAAAUUAGUUAUUUGGUCUGUAGAGGGCAGUCUUGUCCCACUAAACAUACCUAUCCAGGAAAGAGUUAACUUUUCCUGGUGGCUAUUUUGACGUCAUUUUGCGUUAUCUUUAUAGCGCCAUAAUUUAAAAUUUCAAAGGGUUUCUUAAAUUUUGUCCAGACUUAGCGUCUGCAAUUCCUGCCAUAAUUUCUGAUAUGACAGAUCAUGAACUAAGUUUACCCUUUUCCAUACAAUGGUACCUUAUAUAUAUAUAUAGACAGUUAAAUUUCAUUAUUUAAUCUUCUCUGUCACAAUUGUCUGGGUUUAGAUUUGAUUAUAUUCCAUUAGCAUUAGACAGUCUGUCCAACCCCCUUCCUUAUCACUUGUUUAUACUAUGCAUUCCUUAGCUCUGGGAAAGUGGUUAGCUUACAGAUAGAAAUACUGUGUCUCUUUGUUAACUUGAAAUAACAAAAUGGAGUCUGGUCUGUUCAGAGUGACUCAGAAUAUACACUUUUAGUUUCUAUCAUAGCACAAAAUGUCUGCCGAUAUAAAUACUCUGACAGGGCGUGACCCAUAUCCCCACAGAACCACAAGGGGGGGCAUCUUGAGCACAUCUGGACAUGACUCGCAUAUCACCUCUCUAAGACAAUGCUGACAAUCAGAUUAACGGACGUGUGCAGCAGCCCCGAGAUAUAGCAACACACACAUACACCACGACACUAUACCUCUCCUGAUGAAUCCUAGAAAACACAUACUCCGCACCUACACAGACCCAAGCAAGGGCCCUCACGGCUGACCUCACCUUGACAUGCCGCAACAUGAUAACUAGCAAGAACCUCGACCAGGUUAAUAACUACCGCGCCCAACCCGGAUGGGCUCUAACACACGGGAAAAGGACGCAAAUCUCGCACAUCCGACCAAACAAGCCCAUUUCUAUAGAAACAACUCGAUUGCCAUAUGGACAGGGUCACUGUCGGUUGCAGAUGGAUUACAAGGGGGUAGACUGACUAAACUAAGCCCUGGGUACGUACGGACCUCUUCUCACUGCUCCCCAUAUCCCUGCAUUGUGGAUCUCGUAUCAGACAGACACCACACACUCCUACACACGACCACUAGUUAGGAUAUUAUCCUUCACACCGAAACACACAACAUACAUUCAUUGACAAUUACUCUGGCUUCACCCCAAUCAAGGAACCGCAUCCUUAGAGCACAUAUGAGCGCUACCAUACCCACGUAGCUCUAGCUCUAUAUGGAAGCCCCUGACUCCAGGAUAUAUUGGGACGAUAAUAUUUUUCAAUUCACGCUUUAGAAAAUAAACAGAAUUGUACCCUAUCAUUGGUUGUAUAUUGGAACAGGGAACAUCCCUGCAUAUGUACAUGUAUAUGUUAUACUUCAAAAAUGCUACCUUCACUGUUUGACUGAUGUGGGCCUGCGAGCCCUGAAAUUUAUCGUACCUAAUUGCUAAUAAAAACCUGAUUAACAAAAAAAGAAAAUGUGAGCGAUUCCUUAUCCAUUCUGCACUUCACACUUGGUUUUAAGAUUUUACACUAUUGGAUGUUCCUGGUUUUUUAUAGGCACUUUGUUGCUUAUAUUGUAAACACCUAUCAACCGUUGUUUUAAGGUAUUUGCCGUUAUUGGAAUUUUAUGUGCAUAUUUGGAGAGACAGCACUUGGUGUUUUAGCAGCUUAAUUUUAACAGUUUCCUUUAUAAGCACUUGCACUUUUGUAAGAUCCUAAAUAUAUUUUAAGUUAGCGCUGGUAUACUACAUCUUUGUUGUGUUUGAUAAAUUAGUUUAUGGGAAAAGAUUGGUGACAUUAAAACACUCCCAUCAUCCUCUGCUUUACAGUGACUGGCUAAACCUUAAAACACUCUCAUCAUCCUCAGCCAUACAGUGACUGGCUAAACAUUAAAACACUCCCCUCGUCCUCUGCCAUACAGUGACUGGCUAAACAUUAAAACACUCCCCUCGUCCUCUGCCAUACAGUGACUGGCUAAACAUUAAAACACUCCCCUCAUCCUCUGCCAUACAGUGACUGGCUAAACAUUAUAACUCUCCUAUCAUCAUCUGUCUGGCUAAAAACUCAUUUUAGUAAUAGUGAAUAAUGUUUUGCUAUUCUGUUUUAUUUUUUUUUUCCUACAGACCUGGCCAACACUUGACGACCUUGCUUCAGCAUCUCUGGAGGUAAAAUAAAUUACCUGUUUAGGGAUUCCCCUUAUCACCACCACAGAAGAAGAACAUCCAUCGUGUUUUGUAUAAAUAAAUUGUAUUUGAAGGUGAAAUAGCUUCCUGGCUCCUGGUUAGUGUUGGGAUCUGAAUUACAAAUAGUUAACUAGUCACCACAUUUCUAUCUUAUCAGAGAGUGAUUCUGCCUGUGUAAUAAUAUGUAACAAUCCCUUUCUGCAGGAGGUGAAUGAGAAAUGGUCUGGACUUGGGUAUUACUCCCGUGGACGGAGAUUGCAAGAAGGAGCCAAAAAGGUCUGUGAACAUUAUUUGCAUUUCGCUGCGCAUCCCAGGAGUCAAUUUCAAAUAAAUGGAGUUUUAUUACCAGUAAAAAUGAAUAUAUUGAUUCCAAAGCUCACAGUUACUUAUCAUAGUCAUUAGUAAUUAGGAUAUAGCAGAACACGAGUCCUCGGCCAGAAUCCAUUUAUUGUAGAUCUAUUUAUAAAGUCUCUGUCUUCAAAAAAACAACACAGCAGCAGUUUAUAAUUAAUUAUAUCUCAUCAGUAACAGGGUAAUAUUGAAUAAGAUGUCAUCUUUAUAAUGUGCUAAAUAAGCAGAUUGUAAUGUGUUGGACACAUUGUGGAGACAUCAGUUCAAUUUGACCAGGCAAUAAAAACCAGACACAUUUUAUUAAGUUUCCAAUGGGCUUAAACGUGGUGUUUAUUCCUGGCCCUUUGCCAGUUUGCGAAUUCUGUGUUUCUGAUUUCUGACGUGGCUUGUUUUUUUGACCAUGCCUGCUUGCUGCCAGUCCUGACUUAAUCUGCUUUCUACAAUCCUGACUUCAGCUCCAUUACUGAUUUGUGUCUAGUUGGUUAACAUUGAAUAGUGUCUUUCAGUCAUUGUAAUCAUAUAGAAAAAAUCCAAGCACACAAGAUCUUCCCCUAUUUUUCAAUAGUUUAGGAAAAUCCUUACAAAUUCUUUAGAAAGGCUUCAUUCUUUAUUUAACGUCUCCCCUUCCUCAUUCCUUUUGUCUGCAGUCACCCUUGCUCCAAUCACAUACAGCUUACUGUGCUGUCACUGGGCAUAUGACCAUUUUUACAUCGAGAUGAAUGUACUCUAUCGUUACCAGUUUUAGUUAUAUUUUAUUUAUUGAUAUGUCCCUUGAGCCCAUAUAAAGCGGUGCAGGAAGUAUUGCUCUUUUUACAUAGCCGUGUAAUAAGCCAUUCUUACACUACGUCACAUUUAAUGUUAAUCUUAUAAAGUAAGUAAAAGUUCAAAUUCUAACCUAAUGAAGAGCGAAACAUGCUUAGUAUGGCCUUUUCAUGUUUCAACGUCUGACAAUGAAAUGCUGAUUUUACAGAAAUUCUCCGAGAGGGUUCUCUGGGCUGACUGACCUUUCACAGCUAAUUAAUAUUUAUAUUAUCUGUGCUGAAAAAAAGUUUUGAAAGAAAAGAAAUGAGAUUUAUUGUUGGCUGAUGUAUUUGCCUAUUAAAAGCAUCCAAAUUGUAUAAACAUUUAUCUGUCUAGUUCAGGGGUAUCAGCCUUUUAAUACCUACUGCCCACUUUUGUAUCUUUGUUGAUGGUAAAAUUUCCUUACGGCCCACCAGUGCCGCAGUAACUAAUUUUAUAGCGCAAGUGUGUAAGGUGCUGUGUGUGUGUGAGAGAGGUGCAGUGUGUUAGGGGGCAGUGUGUGUAAAGGGUGCUGUAUGUGGAUGUGUGAAGGGUGUAGUGUGGGUAAGGGGUGCAGUGUGUGUGAAGGCUGCUGUGUGUGUGAGGGGUGCUCUGCCUGUGUGAGGAGGGAAGUGUGUGUGUGAGGGGGUAGUACCUGUGUGAGGGGGCCGUGUGUGUGUGUUUGCGUGUGAAGGGUGCAUAGGGUCUAUGCUGUGUGUAGGUGGUGAGAUGUGAAAUCUAUUUUAGUGUCUCCCCCUCCCUUCUUCUUACCUUUUACCAGGGAGGGAGGACAUAAUGUUGCAAGCCCUGGUGGUUCAGUGGUGGCAUGUUCACUUUAGCCUCCAGCUCCUCCAGCUGCAGGCUGACUCUCCUGUCCAUCUGCGAGCACCGCACUGUAUUGGAGUGUUGCCAUGGUAACGCACAGCAAUUCUGUGACCAGCAUGCUCGCAGGAGGAACACAGAGCCUCCCAGGCCCUUUCCUCCCUCAUCUGGAACUAAGUGCCAGUGGGCUGGUGAGGGAGAUAUUUGAUCUCCUCACCUGCUGAGAGGGCUUACAGCAAGGCUGGCUCUGCAUGGGCUGGCAGGGGAGAUGAAAGGAUCUCCCUUGCCAGCCUUGGUCCAUGGCCAUCGAGGCCCAUCGGGCGUUUUCUGCAGAACCCUCCAUCGCCCACCUGAAAUCCCAAGCCGAACACUAGUGGGCGGUAGGGACCAGGUUGACUACCCAUGCCGUAGACACUAUAUAUAGUGACAUGCCCUCAGGAUAUCUUUCUUGCCUGCCAAGACUUCCCAGCCUUGUCACUGAGUACUGACAGUAAGUAUCUCUUAAAAAAAUAAUAUAUCUGGAGUUAUUUAUUGUAAACACACGGAGAUCUGUGACAUCUGCUUGGCCUUGUCAGUGUCCAGUAAGUUCUUCUUGGCCUCUGUUAGAAGGCCGUUUUGUGUCCUUUGACCUGAAUUUAUCUGUCAUCAUGGUCAGCCUAUCUUUCAGGAAGGAUUUGUCACUUGCAAGGUACAGUACCCCAUAGGAGUUAGCAGUAAGGAACAGAAUUUAUUUGUUGAGAUAAGUGAACGCUCUGUGCAUCCAUCAAACUGUUCUAGUCUUUUGGGUUGAAUCAAUUUUCUAGUGUUUUUGUUACAUUUAGCAUCCAGAAAGUUGACUUAAGUAUUCUCAUUGGUGUGGGUAAACUGAAUGGCAAGUAUUUAGGUGUGCAACAUAUUCUGUAAUAGCCUGUAUAGACCCUCUGCAGAUUAGCAGUCAUCAACGUAGCGUAGUCAGGAAGACAUGGUGGAAAAAAGUGUUUUAGAAAUAUGGUAUAGGAUGGAGCCAUGUUUGCUCCAUUUCGAAGUCUUUAAAUGUGGUCAGAGAAAAUGUUCAUGUAAUGAAAGUAAUGUUUCAUCAUGACUUUCUCAAUGAGUCCUUCCUCUGGGAGUAGUCCUGCCAUCUCAGUGGGGUAUGGAAGUAUAUAAGUUUUAUUAAUCUAAUAUCACUUGUCUGUCAACAGUAGACAGUUACAUUUUCAGUUUUACCAGUAAGUCUUUAGUGACUCUUACAUAGAAGGACUGGAGCAGACCGGUCAAUAUAUCUUGCAAGCAUUUGGAAAAUAGUCUAUCCCAGCUAGAGUGUUCAUCCAGUUGGGUGAGUUGUGUUUUUAUGGACAUUCUGUGAAGUAUAAAAUGCUGGUGUAGCUGGACAUUUGUUAAUUAGAAAGAAAUGUGGUGAUUUAGGGAUGGAACGGGCAAACAGUCAGCUACAGUUUCUGUUCGUUUUCUCUCCAGUAUUUUCUAGGUGAUGUUGCCUACAUCAUGCUGACCCAUCCUGUUUCUAUGAGUAGACAGGCUUUUAACUGUCAGAGCUGUAAGGCUCAUGGAAAAAUGAUACAAAUUUUAACCACUCUUUGUAGUGGUUUAUAAUAUUUUACAGAGUGAUGGAACUAAAGGAACUCUUUGAUCUUUGGAGAUAUGCUUCAGCCAGGAUGGUCUGGUGUAAUGUGAUGUUAGUUUUAUAGUCCUUUCCUUAGGCAUGCUGAGUUUGCCUUUUGUAAUAAUGUUCUAUUGUUGGAACUUGUGUUAUUAAUUCUGAAAUCAAGGUGUUGAUUAGUGGGAAUACUUGCAAUAUCAGAAAACCUAUAAAGGUAGACUCUUAGUUGAGCAGAAAAGAUCAGCAAAGCAAAGAGAAACAGAAUAUGUCUCAGGGUGCCCAAAGCUAAACUUACUAAACCUUACAAAGCUGAUGACUUCAUGAACUCCUGCGCGAUUUGGGUUCAACUCGUUGGAAGAAGGAGCUGGUUAUUUGUAUCUGCUGUAUAUUAUGUGUAUACAGUCGGCAGUUACAGGUAUCUUUGUGCGAGGAGUGCUUUACUGUCUGCUUUUUAUCUUGGUGAGUGUUUUAUUUUUGUUUACAAAAUCAUCCAUUUUGGGUAAUGGAUCCUUAAUGCAUGUGUAGCGCCGUAGUACGUGGGCCUAUCAGUUGCGCUCUCUACCUGUAUUCUUUGUGAGCUUUACAUGUUCCAACUUGUGAGCAGCAUUGGCUAGGUCACAGUAACUGUACUGGGUCAGUGUUUAGAUACUCCAGGUACUUAUCUUAUAUACAAAUAGUGAGUGUCAGUAAGUAAAUUCUCAGUGUAAGGUAACCAAAUGAAUGGAGAUGUCACAGUAUAAUGCAUGGUAGUGUGUUGUUCAUACAAAUAGGGGAUUAACAUUUCCACUAAGGGUACAAUCCAGUAAAGUCCAAAUUAAGGCACCAUCUUCAUUUCUUUACGUCCUCGCCAAGCUGUUUGCUUUCAUUGCCUUCAGGUAGUGACCGAAUUUGGCGGCCGGAUGCCCCGCAUUGCAGAAGAGCUGCAGAAGUUGUUGCCGGGAGUAGGGCGAUACACAGCAGGAGCAAUCGCUUCUAUUUCCUAUGGCCAGGUAAUUAAUCAUUGUGUGGAUCCCUAGAUGGCUGAUCUGGCAUUAUAUGAGUUUUGGAUCAACAAAGAAAGACAACGGUGGCAGAUUACUGUCAUGGAAGGUGUUUGUUUUUGUUUUUUUCUUCUCUCCAGGCGACCGGAGUUGUGGAUGGAAACGUAAUCAGGGUUUUAUGCAGACUCCGCUGUAUCGGGGCCAACUCUGGUUCACCGGCAGUAGCUGACAAACUUUGGUGGGUUUAGAAGAAGGUUUAUUUAUGUCCUGGUUCUACCAUACAGCCAUUUUGUUGGAGCCUCACAUGCCUGCUCCCUGCGAGGUAUAUUCUGUGUUAAACCUUGAUGACUGCGUGGCAGUGAUUGGCACUACCAUAAUAUGGAUUCCAUAAAUUCAGAAUAACUGAAAGCUGUUUUGAGGAAGGUCCUUCUUACCUCUGGUCUCCAUUCCAUUUGCCAUAGUUUAAUUGUUUGUUUUAUUGACCUAUAAUACAGCGCUGCAGAAUAUGUUGGUCGUUUAUAAAUAAUUGCUGUAAUACAAUUUCCGUUUCCCUCUGUAGGGACUUGGCAAACCAUCUUGUUGAUCCUGAGCGACCAGGAGAUUUUAACCAAGCCAUGAUGGAGUUAGGGGCUACUGUGUGCACCCCAAAAAAGCCACGGUGCACCGAGUGCCCCUUACAAAGCCAGUGCCGAGCAUAUGAAAAGGUAAUGUGUGUUUGUGUUGAUCCAGUCACUGCCCUUGAUUCCACGCCAUGUGAACACUGGGUGAUACAGAGCUCUCGGGGAAAGAGUUAAAGAACCAAAAUGGUUAUUAAAUAGGGGAUAUUUUUCUGAUCUUUUUUCUGUAUAAACUACUACUUUAAUUGUUUUGUUUUUGUUCCUUUGCUGUAAUAAAAUCUGUUUUUAUUUUUAUGAAUGCUGUUAACAGUGCUUUCUCCAUGGUUUAGGUCUAGGAGGUGGGCAAUGUGAUGCUAGUGUUUCUAUUGUUGUGUUUUAGCCCAGUUUGAAUGCCGUGAUGUGUUUGGCCUUUUCUGUUCUGGUUUAGACCAGCUGUGGCCAAGGGGCAACAUGGUGAAUUGUGCCUCACCUGAAAUUGAUAUCAUUAAACCAUCGCUACUAGAAAUUCAAUGUCUGUUAUAGAUCAGCUGUUACCUAUACAGGAGACGAUGUGUCUGGAUUUAAUUUGGCAAUGUACAGUUUCAUUCACACAUCGAUUGCGGCCUGUGCUUUGUCCAGCUUUAUCUGAUGAAUGACAUGGCUACUUGCAGGUGGAAGCCGAUUUAACAUCAGCCGCUGCUAAUCUAACAAACAGAAAUCCCGACCCUAAAUCUGCAGCUGGCGACAUUGAAGAGUGCGGUGAGUGCCGUGGAGUCUGGGACUGGGACUGGUUUUAUCACUCACCUCUCCGCAACAAUUCAAUCAUACAAAUCAUCUGCUCUCUGAUCUAUUUUAUUAGCCUUUUAAGAAGUUGAUAAAAUUAAAUUGUAACAUUCUAGGACAGGGAUAAUUGUUAAAGGAUUACAGAUCCCAUGAUGCUUUGCCAGCCUUUAAGCUAAAGCUCAUUGUAGGACUUGUGUUUCUAUAUCAACUGGUGGUUGUCAUGAUGGGGAUCAUUAGAAAGGGGGGAGGGUACUGCAUUUCCACUGAUAGUGUUUAUCAUAUUGGGGGCAUAAUGUAUAUACACUGAUAGGCUAUAUUAUACACUAUGAAGGAUCAUUAUAAAUGGGAUACCGUACUUACACUUAUAGAUAUAAUGUGUAUAUACACUGAUAGGCUAUACUAUACACUAAUAAGGAUCAUUAUAAUGGGAUACCUUACUUACACUGAUAGAUAUAGAUAGAGAUAUAUAUAUAUAUAUAUAUAUAUAUAUAUAUAUAUAUAUACACUGUAUACACUGGUGGUGAUUAUUAUAAAAGGGGGGGAUACUAUAUAAAUUGAUGAUCAUUAUAAUGGUCGGAUACGGUGUAUACCCUGAUAGGUUUCAGUAUGAUGGGGGGUACGGUGUGUACCCUAAUAGGUUUCAAUAUGAUGGGGGAGUACCGUGUAUACCCUGAUAGGGUUUAUUAUGAUGGGGGGGGAUACGGUGUAUACCCUGAUUGGGUUUAUUAUGAUGGGGGGGGAUACGGUGUAUACCCUGAUUGGGUUCAUUAUGAUGGGGGGGAUACGGUGUAUACCCUGAUUGGGUUCAUUAUGAUGGGGGGGAUACGGUGUAUACCCUGAUAGGGUUCAUUAUGAUGGGGGGAUACGGUGUAUAUCCUGAUAGGGUUUAUUAUGAUGGGGGGAUACAGUAUAUACCCUGAUAGGGUUCAUUAUAAUGGGGGGGGAUAUGGUGUAUUCCCUGAUAGGGUUCAUUAUGAUGGGGGGAUACGGUGUAUACCCUGAUGGGGGGGGAUGUGGUGUAUACCCUGAUAGAGUUUAUUAUGAUGGGGGGAUACGGUGUAUACCCUGAUAGGGUUCAUUAUGAUGGGGGGAUACGGUGUAUACCCAUAUAGGGUUUAGUAUGAUGGGGGUAUACGGUGUAUACCCUGAUGGGGGGGGGAUACAGUGUAUACCCUGAUAGGGUUUAUUAUGAUGGGGGGAUACGGUGUAUACCCUGAUAGGGUUCAUUAUGAUGGGGGGAUACGGUGUAUAUCUUGAUAGGGUUCAUUAUGAUGGGGGGAUACAGUGUAUACCCUGAUUGGGUUCAUACGGUGUAUACCCUGAUAGGGUUCAUUAUGAUGGGGGGAUACGGUGUAUUCCCUGAUAGGGUUCAUUAUGAUGGGGGGAUACGGUGUAUACUCUGAUAGGGUUUAUUAUGAUGGGGGGGAUACGGUGUAUACCCUGAUUGGGUUCAUUAUGAUGGGGGAUCCCUGAUGGGUUCAUUAUGAUGGGGAUACGAUAGGGUUCAUUAUGAUGGGGAUACGUGUAUACCUGAUAGGGUUCAUUAUGAUGGGGGGGGGAUACAGUGUAUACCCUGAUAGGGUUUAUUAUGAUGGGGGGAUACGGUAUAUACCCUGAUAGGGUUCAUUAUGAUGGGGGGGAUACGGUAUAUACCCUGAUAGGGUUCAUUAUGAUGGGGGGGGGGUGGGGUUACUAUAUUUACACUGAUAGAAGUACUAUGACUACUGAUGGUGAUUGUUUUGAUGCACUCACUUUCUGUUUCUAUUCAGAUUUGGCCCACGGUUCAUGCACAUUGUGCUUGCCUUCUUCUGACCACUGGGACAGAUCGCUUGGGGUGACAAACUUUCCCCGCAAAUCUGCAAAGAAGGCGUCACGGGUGGAACAAACCUUAACUUGUGUGUGGCAGAGACGUGGACAAGAGGAGGAGCCAGAAUAUUUACUCGUUCAGAGACCCAGCUCAGGUAGAUGAGAUGUAUGUCAGUACAACCCAAGGUAAAACAGUAUAAUAGUGAUGCAAUGAGAACAUAUCCUGUGCCUGGUUUAUACCCCACCCAGCACAGGCCUGCAGAUAAUAUACAACGAGGGAGUGGUUUAUAGACUGGGCUGGAUUACGAUUGGCCUGUAGUUGCAAUCUCUGGACUAUACUCCCCAACGGCAAGAAAACAGGGUGCAAUACUCCGUAUUCUCGUACACCCUGUUUUGUUUGCUCUCUCGCUAAGGUGAAAGGGUAAUCCAAACAUGGACCCCUAGCUUACUGUGCCUAGAGGGAUGUCGCCUAUACCUCACUGACCAGGUCUAAACGAUCAUCUGGGGCUGCUGUAUCUCUCGUGGAGUGGGAGCCGGCCUGCAUUUCGGAUCUUAACCCCCUUAUUAGGCAGACUAGAUGGGCCGAAUGGCUCUUAUCUGCCGUCACAUUCUCUGUUUAUGGCUGGGAUCAGUCUGAUAUGCAAAUGGUUUAGGUUCUCUCUGUAAUGGCACAAGAUGAGCUAAAACCAGCUUGAGAUCUGAGCGAAGAUUAACCGAAGGACAGGCUACAUUGUUUUUAUAUUCUUUAUUUAUACGUAAAUCACUGGUGUGAGAAGUGUUGAAGUACAAAUACAGUUAUACAGCAGUAGGUAAACCGAUAACAAGACACCAUCUACAUUAGUGACAAUUAUAGUGAACUGAAGAUUUUUGUAUAUAUGAUAGAGCUCUGCAUUUGUUAAUAUUGACCUGAAUGUCGCUAAUGGUUAAUAAAGGCUAGAGUUGGCACACUAUAGCUUGAUUUAUAUAAUAAUGAAAAACAACUAAACAUGUCACACUCGAUUGCCAGCACACUGGGGAUAUUAAAAUGAAGUGUGAUAAUCCAGGAAGUGAACCCUAAUUACAAGCCCCCUGCUUGUUCUGGUUUAAAAAAGGAAAUUAUAAUGAUAAACCACAUUAAUAGUUCUGUAUGUAUUCAUUUGAAUUCCGGUCCGGCUUUGUCAGAGUUCUGCUUCUUGCUCUUCCGAUCCAUGUCAGCCAGGCCUGCAGCACCACCCAAGUUAGGGCUAUAAAACGUUGCAAAAUCGAUUGGAGUAGGGAUCAGUUUCGGAGCUUAUAGACAGCGUGUCCUCCUGCUUCAUUCGCUAAGCCCUGCCCCUACUGUUUUUUGGUUUGUUUUCUCUACAUUACUCAAGAUACUCAGACAGCCUAUAGGAAAUGGCCGUGUGUGCUUUGUAGAAUGUCUGCUCUGUUGGAUACUAUUAUAAUAGUUAAUACACUGGCAGUUCUAUACGAAUAGGUGCAAGAGAUAAUCCCAUGCGACACUAGGGCCAAAGCAAACAGCCAAAACUUCUCCAUUUAAUAUUGUUUGAUAAGCUUUUCUAAUAAUUUUAUAUUUUUGGAUAAACUUUUAAAGUUUUUUUGUUUGUUUUUUUCGUCUUCAAAAUUUUAUUAAAUAAAAUCAUCAAGGGGGCUUGCCCAACAUGGCGAACAGUCGCACAUCGCAUGAGCUCUGGGAGAAAUCCUGUUAAUAACACCUCAAACUUGGUCUUACAUGCCUCUGCUGACUCACAGCUCACCCAGGAUUCGUACUCUAACACAUCUGAUAGCCGACACUGCUUUUCCUGCUGGACGACUUACAGUGGCAAUAUUGCGGCCUAGGGAUUGGGGGAGAUGACCGAUCCCUCAGCCCACAUUCUAGUCGGACCCAUGGUGGACCGCCCUGCCUCCCCCCCUGCCGGUGAGGGUUAUCCCAGCAUUCUCAACAACUUACCUUCAUCUGGGACUGAGCUACGUGCAACCCGCCAACAUCUACGGGCCUAACUACGGUUCUCAAAAUGGCGCCGGAACGCGAACCUGUAAAACGUGAGGCCUAAUCUAAGCUUCUUGGCAGCAUUCGACAAAAUUUGUAAAGCCUUUUAGCAGACCCUGUCCACAGGCUCACAGGCGCUGAUCUCACCAAAAGGAGCAGCCACACUCUUACUCACCCCCCACCAGAGAUACCAAGUGGGCCCAAGAAGCCCUCCUGUACCCUUGAGGAGCUGCUGUAUUGGGAGUGUGAACCUUCGACAUGCUCACCGCAUAUGUGAGGAGACAGAAUCGAUCCUCGCUUCGCCCUCACCCCCCAGCAGUACAAUGGCCUCUACUGGAGCAUGCUUGGUCCAGUAGAGGACCACAGAGCCCUGACAGGCUGUUUCUCCAGUGCGCCUGUAAGCGUUACUCAUCUGCAGCACCUGGCAACUCAUAAAAGGGGCAUCGGCUGAUUACCUUACCUCACCCAGAGACUCUUACCCAUGCAGUCUCUGAAAGGGUUAAUCGACUUCUCUUUAACUCCCUCAGUUUUCGAAUCUCCAGGUCACCACAUCAAUUGAUGAGAGCUUCUUGUUUAGCAAAUAAAGACACAGGCACAAAAGAGUGCUUAACAAGUUCUCAAUGAGUAUAUUUUCAGGGCUAGCAUUUAUACACAGUUUGUCACGCAAGCAGCGAGAUUUAUCGCUUCUUUAUAGUUAAUAGUACAUACUUGUGUGGCAGUAGAAGAUAAGCAUUUGAAUAAAGACAGAACAGGAACAUCCUGAGGUUCGAGCGAGGUCGCACAUCCUCUAGAAGGAAGACCUUGGUACAAAAUACAUCUGCCAAAGUCAGCAUAAUUAUUUCAAACAUUAUUUUAAAGCAUAUAAAGCAAAAAGAGUUUAACUAUUUCAUAUCCUUACAUUCCCCUCUUUGAGCAAAAACUUGCUCAUAUUAUCGGUUAACAUUCUCCCAGGACAGAGAAACUUUCACAUUAUGGCAUUCCUAAGCAAUCAUGUGGUCUACAAGAAACAGAAACUCAGCAGGAAAAAAGACACUUCAUACUUUUGUAGACACAUAUAUAGAAAAUGGAUGUUUAAGACAAAAUGAAACUUGGGCUUAUAGCAAAUAUAUUAUUGCAAAUAGCUGACAUUGUAAGAAAUUAUGACCCUCUUACAGGGAUAUUCUUUUAGGGAAUGUGUGACAAAUAAGACAUAAACACAAGUGUAUAAUAAAAUGUAUUGUAAAUAUUCAUUUAAGGAUACUGUUAGAUUUUAAAAGGAUAUACACAAUAUACAUUAUACAUUAUAUCCGGUACAUAAUCAAAAGCUACAUAAUAAAAGGCAAUACUUAAACAUUUAAAUGCAGGUCUUCCCCUUGCGCCUUCAUCUUGGGUAAUCUGGGACAGCCUCUCUUAGUUCACCAUGGCCCUGCUUGCUGCGUUGUCCUCUCCAAAGAGAGAGAGAAAGAGAGAGAGCCUUCCUUGGUUGUUGUCCUUUUAAAGACUGAUUCUUGGAGUAAUAAACUACAAGUCCCAGAAUCCCUUUUCCUUCCCAAAAGUGGUUUAUCCCGCCCUCUUUCUCCAGAGAGUUCUGUCUUUACACAAGUCUUUCCCUUUGAUCUUUUCCCUCCAGCCAUACUGUAACAUUGUGAAAGACCAGUUGAUUAGGUUUCUUGGUAGAUUGGACUGCUUGGGAAAACACACACUUUCAUGGUUACACCUAGAUGUCUAUUACUCUGAUCUCCUGAUAACAUGCAAGGAAUACUGGAGGGAUGUAAGCUUUUGUUUUAGCUGGGUGUUGUAAAAUGCAACUGAAAGCUUUGAUCCUUAUCACACUGUUAUCAAGGAAAUGACCCUCACUUGUGAAACCAGUCACAUACACAGAAAGUUAUAUACAAUAUUGCAGUUUGGAAUAUCAAUUUCUUACAACAUGUUAACCAGUUUUAAACAGACUAACCAGCCUGUCAUCUCUAUCAUAAGCCCUGGGUAAAUAUGGGCAAAGUGUAUUAUUCCCAGCAGUUGAUUUCCUCCUUCGUCCACGGAAGUGGGCUCAUAUAGUCAAAGUAGGAAUAAUACCUAUCCCCCGUCCAAGGACCGGGGUCUAGGAUUACCAGUCCACCCGAUGAUCUGGGGCGUGGCAAAAACUCAUAUUUGAGGAAAAAUAACAUCUGGGGAAAACAUGAGUGGGGGCAGCGAUCGUGUUAGACAUGUCAUCCCCUCACAGUUGACACCACUUGUGACUUAUAAUACCCUCACCUGUGAGUACAUAGCUCGGGUAUCGGGAGGAAUUGGGAAACACUUCUUACAUAUUAAUUCAUGAGAUAAAUUAUAAUCUAGCUUGAAAUUCUGACAAUAAUCACAACCAGGACCUUGCGUCCUAUAUCUUUUAACCAUUUCCCUAUUCCAAAGGUCCAAUCAAAACCAGUCAUAUCCUCACGCAGUUCCUCAAAACAUGGGAAUCCAUCCUUGGCACACUCAACAUAUAUCAAAAACACACAUAGUACAUCCAUCCCUGGGUCAUCUAACACUUCCUCUCUCUCCGGCUAACUCUACAAAAAUAAAAAUAGUUCAAUAGUUCAGCAUAGUUCAGAAAAAUAGAAUAAGUCUUUCACAGAGUAUAAAGAAAUCAGUUUAUACACCAGACAUUUUGUUCCAUAAAAAUGGCUAAGGGUAGCAAUAUGGCUGACAACAAGACAAUGUCAGCUUCCACAUAGUUCUUCUUUUGUUUGCUGGAUUUUCACCACAAUGCUCUGUGCAACACCCCAAUGGUUGAAAGGGUUAUUACAGAACCAGCGGUAUUAGACAGCACUGCACCUUCAGGACUUUCCAGGUUCUUGCGUGCAAAGUUUAUGUCCUCAUAAGUAAGUAUCUCAGUUUCUUCGGCCUGCAUGGAUAAUGACCAAACAGACGUAAUUGCAAAAUACUUAUUGCAUGGUCAGCCAGAGAGAUUGGUGUGUAGUCCCAGAAAUCAGGCGGCACAAACACUCCAGGACGGUCUCUACAAUCAUACAAACACAAGGAUCAAUACAACAUCAAUUAAUUAAUUACCUAGGCUAAAACUUAAAUUAGAGAUUAAGGUUAAACCCAUAAUUUGUGUAACAUGUACUUCUCUUAUAUUUGCUUAUAUUUUAUGCAAUCUGUGUUCUAUGAAGUUUUACAUAAUUUCCCUUUGGAAUGCCUUUGUACGGAUGAGAGUAGCACUCACUCUAUAGAAAUGCUUGUUAGGAUGAAUAUUAAAACACUAACAUAUACACAUGGGGAUAAUUCCCAAUAAAACUUAGUUCCUAAACUUGAACCUUGAUUUGAUAUUCAAAAUUAAUUACUUUAAUAAUCCUGAAUAAUUCAAUACUCUUGGAUUAACACAUAAAACUAUAUAAAAUAUUAAAGACAUGAACCAUCUGUGUAUUAGGCUGGGGUUGUUGGGUGUGGGUAUAGGUUGGAAGCUGUGGUUGGUAUUGAGGAAUCUGUGGGGGUGGGUUUGGGCUCUAAUUUUUCCAGUGACCCUGCUAUCCACAAUUAGAACAGUGUGUUCCACCAAUGCUGACGUUGUUACCUCUACAAAAGUUAGACCCUUUGACCAAAUCCUCUACCUCUGCUUUUAAAACUUUUCUGAUUCAAUCUCCUAUCACCUCCCAAAUUUCUUUGUCUCGCCUGCUUAGGAUCACAAUCCUUGUGACUGCUACAACAUACCUUUUCCUUCUUUCUUUCUAUCAAAACAACCUGCUGUAUCUUUCUCAUGAAUCUUCCCAAGAAAUUCAUUUGGGGUCAAAGAGGGCAAGUCACAGACCAACAAGGAACAAAAGUGAACAAGGAGGAAGCAUAUUCCAUAUGCAGGUCGGGAUUACCGAACUCACACCCCCUCUUUGUGUACCACACAGAUAUAAUAUUAAUAAGCUUUUAAAGGUUUAAUGGAUAGUUACAUUGUGUAUAUAAAGCAAGGUUGUCUAGGGGUAUAUACAUCGACAAUGAAAGCAUAGCCUUCGUAUAGGGCUUGCAAUACUGACAGUCUGUGUCAUGAGCAUAAUGCAGACAUGCGGUUAGGUACUUUUCCAUUGUUAUAAUAUAUUGAAAACACUGAGACUUUGCAAAUUUUUAAAACGCAUAUAGCUUCCUGUACCUGGGGCCGUGCAAGGAUGUAGUUGGGACAUAUUUCAAAUUGAGUAUCAAAAGUCUAACCACAAAACUAAAUGUUAUACGCUUAUCAAGAAAACCGGUUUAACCCGUACUUUGGUAUACAAUUUGGUACAUACAAUUGUUUCAUUCUAGCUGGCUGGAUUUUGUAAAAACACUAAAUGCUUGCGUUAAUGAUAUGCAAAUCACUCUGCUAGUUAAACUCCUACACAAUGGACAAUAAAAUACGUAAAACACAUAACACACCAAUUCAUUUCAAACCAUAUAACUCAUAUUCAGCAUCCAAUGUAAUAUUACACGUCAUCUCACAAAACAGACGUAGUAUAAACACAUAAUGGAUACCCAGCAGAUAUGCCAAUACAGAAAACACAUUCAUGGGCACGCAACUACACACUCUGUGUCCUUCCUAGGAAACACGGGUAGACACAAUAUGAAAGCAGUCGUAAGCUAACACCUCCAAAUCUCCAUUUCCAUAUAGCUAAAGCAGAUCACAACACAGAGCCUCUCUGAGCUGAUAGAACCACUCCAACUCCAACUACUCUUGGCCAAAACGCUAGUAUUUGAUAGUUAUUUGGCUGGCAUUUUCUAGUCACUAGACUGAGACAAAGUUAUUCAAAUAUAAUUUAAAACAACACAGUAACAUAUAAAUUAAUCCACUUUCCAGUUAAGCUGCACACUUCACACAUUAUCACAGUCACCAUUUACACAGAAUAAACAGUUAACAGCUGUACUCAGAACAUAUUAUUGUAAGGUAUACCAAUUUUAGUUUGUAUUAGAUUUAUUUUAGGGAUUCUUAUGCAUACAUGUUUUUUCUUAAUUAACGUCAUUACUUUAAUCUACUAUAGUAUUGUAUAUAAAGAAAGGAUCCAUUUAUAUAGCGCGCUCAUAACUCAAAUAUUUGUAUGAAACUUCCAUUAACUAAUCUGAGAUGAUGCUGCAUCAAUUUAAAUCUUAUAGAAAUUGAGCAAAUAUCUGGACCAGAUUACACAGACAUGGUUUCACCCAAAUCUUUCAGAACUCUCAGAGACUUAAAAAUUUAUACUAUACCAUGUUCUAAGGCAUGGCAAACCUUAGACCGGUCAGUCUCCAAGAGCCUUAGUAACACAGGUAGAAACCUUUGUCCAUGAUCUCUGAUCCAGACUAUAUACCACAAUUUAAAAGAACACAUAGAAUGUGAGACAUAGAAGACACAAAACAUAUGCAGUAGGUGUUGCAUUGGAUCAUUUAAAGCAUCUGUAGCAAUAAAAAGGUUAGCUUAGAGCACAAAAUGAAGCAUUUGUUGGACUGCUGAAAAUAUAAAUGUUGCUCUCUUAUUUACAAACAAAAAUCAUAUUUACAGUAUGGAUCCUCUUGCAAUAAACACACAGGGCAAGGAAGAUGUGCUGAUUGGUGUUCUAUACAAUUAAUCCCAUACGGGGAAUUAACUUUCAAAUACUAAUGAAGUGACUUUUUCGUCUCAGUAUAAAAAAUACUGAGCUCAUCAUGCAAACAAUGUAACACAUUUACUCUAUCCCACUCUCAUAGAAAGUGUAGUGGGCUUAUGGUAUUAAAGUAACAAUCAUACCAGGCACACAGAUCCCAUGUGAAAUAACUUACAAUAAAACAGAGUAAUAAACUAUACUUCUAUGCGACAGAAAGAAUAAAGCAAAAUAUUUAAGUAGGUUUAUCAGGUACACCCUGCGAGUCAGUUCUUUUCUAAUAUACAGUACUGGUAUCAUAUAUAUAUAUAUAUAUAUAUAUAUAUAUAUAUAUAUAUUGGUCACUCAGGCCCUGAACUCACAUUUUCCAUACUGCUGACUCAGGGCAGACACACUACUAACUUACCAAAGUGUGUCCCCAAUACAGACCAUAACCCACAAAGAACACUUAAGACAAACAAAGGUGACCGGGAGAAAGAGAAGUUUGGGUUAUACUUAUAGAUCUAUAAACCGUGCUCCUCAGAACACCUAUAGCCUUAAUAAAUCGGAGACUUCUUAUGGUCUCAAAACCUGUAUCUACCUGAGAUACCCUGUAUCUAUCUUAGAUACUAACCUGGGUUACCAAAACCCUAUAAUAAACUGGAGAUCUCUUAUGGUCUCAAAAACCUGUAUCUACUUGAGAUACCCUGUAUCUAUCUUAGAUACUAACCUGGGUUACCAAAACCCUAUAUAUUUAGACCAAAUGUCUAAUAAACCGGAGACCUAUUUACAGUCUCAAUAUAACUAAAGUCCUUACUGUCACAUCAUGCCUUGUUCUGCGGAUCAGUCUGGUGAUGGCUUCUGGUAUCCAGUACUCUUUUUACAAUUCUUGUUAAGUUUUUCUUGGUUUUUUGGUUUUCUAUUCUAUGUCUGGUUUUCCUUAUGCUGGGUUUUCUGGGUUCAUUCCAUUAUUCCGUCCCUGGAAUUCCCAGUGUCCGGGUUUCCUUUAAAUGUUUGUUUUAUGUUGCCACACCUGUUUGUUUUCCAUUUUCCUUUUGUUUCGGCCUGGACCUGCAGCAGUGUUUCAAGUCUCUGCCCUUUCUUGCAGGUAAGUGCUAUUGUGGUUUAGUAUGGUUGUUUUAGCAAACAUUAGGCAGUGUAGGACCUGCCGGAUAUGGGGUACAUUGGCGUUGUUGGCAGGCUUGUGCAAUGUAUGAUCAUAUAAUGUGACUAAAUCCCCAUACUUUUCAUAUAUAGUGCUUAGUUAUGUCUCCUCUUGUUUUGCCUAUUAUAUCUUGUCUUGUUUUAUGUUGUAAUCCCAGUUCAUGUACAGUCCUGUCCUGUCCUGCCCUGUUCUUGUUUUCCUCAUGUCUUGUGUACAUGUUCUGGGUUCUGCUUUCUGUCCUGCUCUGGUUCUGGGUUAUAUUAGUUCUGUCUUGUUUUCAUGUUUGGUGACUUUCCUAGCCUUGCCUUGUUUCAGUACUGGAUACAUCUUAGCAUUCAUCUGCUCUGGCUUCCACUAAGCUGCAACAGGGUCUUGGUUUGUAGCCGCACAAACACUGGUGCUCAACACCAGGGGGAGUGCGUUUACCCUGCACCAGGCCCUGUAACCCACUUUCACGCUGAAGACUCCCAACUUCUCAUCAGGCACUCAGGGGUCCCGAUUUCCGCACCGCCGCCCGGACAGUGUCUGGGUCCCAGGCCCCGGACCACCACCCUGACAUAUGGCCGUAGGCACUUGGAGUUCGUGGAGUGGACUUUGCAGCUUUCCUGUUCUGUCUGUGUCGUGUCAUGCCUGGUUCUUCUGCUUGCAAGAGAUCCUGUAUCUGGACCAGUCUGCUGGAGAUGGCUUCCUUAUUUUUGUCGUGGAGGAGGUCGAUCUGCUAAGCUGUACGGUGGUCGCUUCAGGUGUUCUCUUGUGAUGCUUCGUUCCUGUUUCAUGGCAGUGCUCCUAUUCUGGAUUGAAUCUCUGUCCUGGCUGGUGGUUCCUUUGCAGGAGUGCAGUCUAUCUUGCAAAUGUCCUACAAAAAAAUAUGUCUAAUACCUUGAUUACCUUUCUGAUUUUAUGCAAAUGUUCUUAAUGUACCUUAUGCAUGUCAAAAAUAAAGAAUUAAAAAAAAAUAAUAAUAAAAUGAGGAAAAUAUUUUUCAAAAUAUUAAAUUGGAAACGCAUAUCCAAAAAUAUAAAAAAUCAGGGCCUGUGUUUGUUCACUGUGUUUAAAGGGACCCUAUAGGCACCCAGACCACUUUGAGAAACUGUAAUGUAUACAUUGCAGGGUUUAUACAUUGCAGGGUUUACACAGCCACUAGAGGCGUUUCCUGCAGUUUCAAGGAAUUUAAUCCUGUGAAAUAACGCUGGAUGUCCUUACGCUUUUCAUGAGGUCGUCCAGCGUCUUCAAAUCCCCCAUAGGAAAGCACUGAUUCAAUGCUUUCCUGUGCUGAAGGCCUAAUGCACACCGCGGAAACGCAAUGAUAUCAGAGGAGGCGGAGAAUUCAGUAAGUGUUUAAACGGUUUUUCAUCACAGAGGGGAAGCCGUGGGGUAAAGGGACAUUAUAGUGUUAGUACAACUUUGUAUUCCUAACAGUAUCGUGUUCCUUUAAUGAGGACAGGAAUCUUGGCAAAUAUUAUUUUUUUUAUUGAUUACUAGAAAGGGUUUUGAGAUUGGGUAACCAUGGCUUCAUUCUGUCAUCUUUCUUUUUCACCUCGAAAAAGGGCUUCUCGCAGGGAUGUGGGAGUUUCCUAGCAUGCUUUUGGAGAACAAACUCACUGAAAAAGAUGGAGGACUGGCACUGGGCAACUAUCUUCAGGAGGUUACAGGCCACGUGGUCCCUUUGAACAAGCUGCAGUAUGUAGGAGAGGUAAGUCACAGACUCUGCAAUUAUCACCCUAGAACUGAGUAAGAAAUACUGACCCACACAAAGCCACCACGUGGCUAUUAAUUAUUCAGCACAAAUUAGAUAUAAAUUAUAUUCUUACCUUUGGUGUCAGGGCUGUUGAAAUACUUACUUUUACCUCGUUUCCCCACAAGAUCACCGACCCUGUCUUCUCUCCUGCAGGUGGUCCACAUAUUCUCUCAUAUUCACCAGACAUACCUGGUCUACUUCCUGUCUACAAGCCGCAUCGAGGCAGUCACCAUUAAUGAAGAGCUUUCUGAAUGUCCAGCCUCUCGUUGGGUCUCCAGAAACCAGUUUCUGGAAGCUGCCGUGUCCACAGCGAUGAAAAAAGUAAUCUUUAUGUCUUGUUUUGAUUAUGUGUAUUUGAGUAAUUCACUCAUGACCCUACCACAUUAACAAGGUCUUCAAAAUAGGGAAUAUCAUUUUCUCCUUUAUUUUUCUUUUCUAUUUUCUUUAUUUGGCAGAUUCUGAAGCUGUGUGAGAGGAACAACAGCUCCAGUAACAGUACAGUGAGUAAACGCCAUUAGAUUUACAAAAGCAACCUGUUAUUCACUAGAAUGCUUCUUGAAUGGAAAAUUGAAUCUUUAGGCCACAUUUUUCCACCAGUUUUCCAUCUCACUUAUUUUAGCCUUGACCUCCAUGUUUGAACAGCACACGACAGCUAACAACUUCAAUUAAAAAAUAAUUAAAUAAAAUUCUCUCUUUUAAAGCCAGGAAAACGGAAGAGAGACGGAUCUGUCUUGCAGCCACCAGGCAGAAGAAUCAAGAUAGAGACUGAAAAUCAAAGGUCAAUACAGAGCUUCUUCAAACCGACCAAUAGGAAGUGACCUGCGACCUGCAGGUCCAAUGAUGGAUAGCAUUACUGGCUCCAGUCUGCUGUAUUGAGAGCAGAUCAGUAAGUUUUACACAAAGAUCCCGUCUGCUGCGGAUCCCAAAGAACUGCAUUUUUAUCAGAAUUUCACGUGGUUUUAUAUUUUUGUAUAUUAUGCUAAUUUCCUUUCCUAUGUGUUUUAAUACAAUGUGUGCAUCCCUAUUCUGUGUUUUAUUGAUAUUUAAUCCCAAAUCAUGCAGAUCUAUUUGUUACAGUUACACAAUUAACAUUUUUUUUCUAAUUAAUUCUAUAUUUUGUGGUUUUCUUUUCUAAGCUGUUCUAUGAUUCUAGAUAUGUAAAUGCAUAGCGUGGUUGCUGGGCAUCAUGGGAAAGGUAGUUCAAAGAACAUCUGGGCUGCCAGUGUUAGGCGUCCCUCCCCAUGGCUAUUUCAGGAUACGUAAGGUUUCACUGUUGAUUCAUGGAGCAGCAGAUAAAGAUUGUAUGGGAUUUACUAGCCAGCCACUUCAUUGGAUGCAGGAUGGGGUCACAGGGAACAUUAAAUGGAGCAUUUAAUGCGCUCAAUAAAAUAGUCUGGGGGCAGUGGUCCUUGAUAUGUAAAGCAUCGCCAUUUACUAGAGCUACUUUUUCUGGAGUGGGGGGUCUGGCUAAAGCGCCAGACGUUAAACCUAUAAAGAGUUGAGCAUAUAAAAAGCCACAGCAUAUUAAUGAGGCCAAUAUUUAUAAAAUGCAUUACAGUAGUAUUUGUGCCCGGAGUGUACCUUUAACAGCUUCAAUACCAAUAACGAGUAUAAACUGUUUUGAUUUCAUGUAUUCUGCAUUAUGAAAUCUAAUGUUUAAAGCCUCCCUCACCCUCAUUUAUACUCUAGUUAUUAUAAUCAGCCCAUAGAGGAAAGGAUGUCUCUACCAAAAGCUGCUAGUCACUGAUAUAAUGAAUGUAAAAUUGCUGAAAGUACAGGAAGUUUCAAUGGGUGAUAUCAUUCUUACAGUCAGUGAGGGGGGAGGAGUGAAUGGACUCUACAAUUUCACUGUGCAGAACAACAAAGUCAGUUAAUAUAAGAGGGUUAAAGAUGAAACAGGAGCUGCAAUGGUGAACCUCACAAACACCACUAAGAUAAAGCAAACAAACACUUAUAUAAAAAAAUAAGAAAAAACUCCCCAAUGUUAAUGAAUACCACCUGAUACAGUAUAUAUCAGAAUCAAUGGACAGUAAGCAGCACGAAUAGGUCGUCUGAUGAAGCCCAGGUCACAUGGGUGAAACGCAUUGCGUCACGAGUGGGCAGAGCCAGGAUCCGAAACAAGGAAGCAACUGGAGCUGCUGACUUUUAACCUUUUUGUGGAAACUUGUACAUCACACGCCCAGAACUUGUUGAGUAAGCAGUUUUAAUUGUCA